UAAAACGCGACAGACGAAAUGUCACAACGUGGGAAACCAAAGGUGUGUAGUUUCUGUUGAAAGUUCGGUCCCUACGGUCAUGCAUCUCACCUCUCUUGGUUUGUGUGUGUUGGUCUACACGUUUUUACAUGUGGAUGCGGCGAGUCGGCCACAGUUGCGAAAUGUUAUUAAUGACAAAAACAAGUUAUGGGAACGCGAAAUGAUGGUAUACCAGAUCAGCAGUCUUAUCGAUGACUCCCAGAAGAGCGUGAUCGAGGGGUCGAUGCGGGAGAUCGAACAUGACGUCGGUACAGAUAAUGGUAACUGUAUCACAUUCCAGAAAAAGGAAGGAGCCUUUCGUGACCGCACCGAUUACGUGUUUAUAACAUUGGCGUCCGAUGGGUGGUGCAGAACAGAUCACAUCGGAAUGGCGGGUGGUCGACAGAAACUCUAUCUCAAUAACGACUGCAUGUUUAAACGUGACAUAAUGUCCUUACUGCUGGUGACAUUGGGUUUGUACCACGAACAUCAGAGACCAGACAGAGACCAGUACAUACAGGUUCACCUUGAUAAUGUACAGGACAUUGCGAGAACAUUGUUUGGUAAGGUUCCAGCUGGGGAUACAGACCUUCUAAGCUUCCCGUACGACUUUGACUCCAUCACACAUUUCAGCCCUUACGCCUACGCUAAGGACCCACAUCAUCCCACCAUCACCACGACCAUCAGUGCCGUCCCUUUUGGAAACAAGCGCAUGCUCAGUUACCACGACGUGCUCAAAGUCCAGACUCUUUAUAUUUGUGGUAAAGACACCUCGCAUAUCAUCAACAGCCCUGCUUUGGCCGUCAACUGCGACUUCGAAAGUUUCUUGUGUAACUUGGCUGAUGAUUACCAGGACGAUUUCAAGUGGAUCAGACAAAGCUCUCCGUUAGGUCAGAACGGACCCACGGCUGACCAUUCCAGUGGAAGCGGGUUCUACUUAUUUGCCAAUGGAACUGGACAUCACAAUAGAACAGCUCGGUUGCUGUCAGCGAGGGAGAUUCCUCCAGGAGAGUAUUGCAUCUCCAUGCACUACUAUAUUGUCGGCAACGCUACAGCGACCUUGACCGUGAGGUCGUAUGACUACGUGGAUGACACGGAGAAAACGCUAUCGUCCCGAACGACAAACCAGGGAAGCAAUGUAGACGGUGGCUGGUACCAGUACAGGACCUUCAUCUCCAAAAUGGACCACAAGUGGAGAAUAUAUAUCGAAGGUUACAUCACGAACGAGGUUGGUGGGGUCGCAAUCGAUGACGUCCAGGUCUACCCCGGUGUCUGUUCCUAGAUUUCUUGCCGCUACUUCAUGUAUCAGAUUUCCGAAAAAAGUUCCUUCAAGCUGAUAUAUUAUAAAACUAAUCUAGUAAGAGUAUUGCAUUAUGAAAGAAAUCAAAAUAAUGCAGGAACAAAAUUAACAAAGCCAUAAUAACAAUGUAAUGUUUAUUGCUAAUCAAAAGGACAGGCAACUAUUUGAAUCAAGCCAUUGGCUUACUCGUAAAUGAAUAAAACUUCUUUAGAAAGUUAA